AGUCGCGCGCCUCCCGCACCGCCGCCGUCCCCAAUCCCGCACCGCCGUCGGUCACUUCCCACCGCCGCCUCGCCAUAGACCACUCCCCUGCUCAGAUCUCCCCAGGGUCGUCUCGCGGUCGACCACUCCACUGCGCCGACUCGCCUGCCCCCGUGCGGCUGUUCCCCCCGCUCGCUCAACGCCACUUCCUCCCCUUCCGCCGGCUCAUCUCUCGCCCAGCAACCCCUGCUGCUCCAUAUCGCCAAAGUGCUAGCCGGCGAGAUCGCAAGAAUCAUGUCGUUCGCUGGCGUAUCCGUAGUUGCCAACGGCCGGCUGCUUAAGCCAGCGUCCGCGGCGUCGGCCAUCUACUCCGGCACGGCUAGCAGUGGCAGCCGGUGGUAUCACCAGCUUGUGGUGGAAGGUUACUCCCGCGUAAAGCACCUGCCCAAUGGACACAGAAUCAAGGGAAGGUCCUUCCGAGCUGGAGGAUAUCGAUGGAUUCUGGAAUUCUAUCCCAAUGGUGAUACCUUCAAGGCUGCUGGUUUCAUCUCUGUUUAUCUUGUCCUUGACCAGGAUGUUGCACUUGCACAGCCAGUCAAGGCGUUCCUGGAGUUCAGUUUCAUUAAUGAGCUUGACAGGCAAGAGCCUGCAUACAUCCGUGAAACCGAAACAGUUGACUUCAGCGGUGGCUGCAUUAGUUGGGGUCGUAGUUGUUUCAUAAAAAGAGAGGACCUUGAGAUGUCGGAGCAUCUCAAUGAUGAUUGUUUCACCAUUCGUUGUGAUAUCAUCAUCGCCGAAGCUGCUGCUGCGCCCUUGAUCGAGGUGCCACCAUCCAACAUAAGCGGGCAUUUGAACCAUCUCUUAGUGACAAAGGUGGGCGCCGACGUGAUGUUCGAGGUCGGCCAUGAGACAUUCGCCGUGCACCGGUGUGUGCUCGCGUCCCGUUCUGCCGUCUUCAUGGCAGAGCUCUUCGGGCCCAUGAAGGAGGGGAUUGCUACAGCUGGUGCCAUACAGAUACAAGACAUGGAACCGAACGUGUUCAAGGCCUUGCUCAGUUUCGUAUACACCGACUUGAUGCCUGAGAUGGAGGCGGAAGGGGAAGCCAGUGGUGAGGUUACGUGGCUGCAACACUUGCUUGUUGGGGCGGAUAGGUUUGAUCUCCAGCGGCUCAAGUUGAUGUGUGAAGAGAGGUUGUCGGCGCACAUAGAUUUGAGCUCAGUGACGGCCAUCCUUGGUCUGGCAGCGCAGCACCAUUGCCGCGGACUUAAGGAGGCCUGCCUGGAGUUUCUCAAAGUACAAUCUGCUGCAAUCUUGGGAGGAGUCAUGGCGACCAGCGACUGGCAGCACAUAUCUGCAACUGACCCCUCUGUUCUGAACGAGCUCAUCGCCAAGCUUGCCUCGAAAGCGUAGGUCGUUGGUUGUAAUGGUGUGUUUUCCCUUAGACUAAAAUGCGUCGGUAGCUGAACUUGUGCAAACUAUUAUUGUGGUUCCUGAAAUGUCUCACUGUAUGGGUACCGCCAGCUGAAUGGUUGCCUACUUGCUUCUGAUCUUGAGUUUGUGUAGAAUAUAGAUCUCUUAAUCAUGCAAUCACUGGCUGGGCAAAAUGCCACACUGCGUGUUUGUAUCUUCAGUUAACCACACGAGUUAUAGUUCUGAUCUUCCUCUUCUAACUACUUUUAUUUCCAGUUCAUGAACUGUACAGAUUGGUGUUGCAUUUGGCCAAGCGACCUCCCAUCGUCGUACGAUGUCUCCGCCACUGGCGGCCGCCUCUUCUUGCCGCACGACACUG